AUGUUUCGACAGAUCCUUAUCAGAGAACAAGACACUUCACUACAAACUAUCGUCUGGAGGUCGACACCCGAUGAACCCCUGCGUGAAUAUCAUCUAACCACUGUCACGUAUGGCACUAAGGCCGCGCCAUUCCUGGCGAUGAGGACAUUGCGACAAAUAGCUCUGGAUCAUGCUAUAAAUUAUCCUCUAGCCGCUGCUGCGCUACAAUCAUCGUUUUAUAUGGAUGAUCUCAUGAGUGGCCAUGACGACAAAAUUCAGAUUAAAGAGCUACAAAGACAAUUAAUCAAAGUUCUGCAAGGAGCCGGUAUGAACUUACGCAAAUGGUCGAGUAAUAACCCAGACAUUAUCAACGAUUUGCCGUCCAAUCAAACCAGCACGCCGCUCGAGUUCCGCGACGUAGAAUCCCGUAAAACAUUGGGGCUCAAGUGGAACCCACUAUCUGACGCGUUCAGUUUUCAAAACAAAAUUGACCAUAAGACAAAUGACAACCAGAAGUACACUAAGAGACAACUCCUUUCCGACAUAUCAAGGAUUUACGAUCCUUUAGGCUGGUUAUCACCGCUAACUAUUAGGGCAAAAAUGAUUUUUCAACAAACCUGGCUAUCAAACUUACAAUGGGACGACGAACUGCCCGCCGACAUACAUAAAGAAUGGCGUUUGCUCACGGUAGAUCUGAAAACCAUUGAAAAGUUUCCGAUUGACAGAUACCUGGGUGACAAACGAACUUAUCAAUUGCACGGCUUUUGUGACGCCUCAGAAAAGGCCUAUGCAUGUGCCGUGUACAUUACAGUAAAAGUUACUGUGACAGUAAAGGUAGCAGCAAUCAUAUCAGUCUCCACUAUCAAUGCAUGGACAGACUCUAUGGUGGUUCUGGGUUGGCUCAAUGGAGAUGUCACUAGGUGGAAGGCAUUUGUAGCUAAUCGAGUGCGACAGAUCACCGAAGUCAUCCCACCAUCUCAGUGGCAUCACGUGAGAUCAGAAGACAACGCCGCAGACUGUGCAACACGUGGUCUAUCAUCAAUAUCCCUACAAGAACACAAGUUAUGGUGGGCAGACCCCUAG